AUGGAUGGCAGUCACUGCAAAGUUAUUGCUCCUCUCCUGACUCAGAGACACCGGAGGAUGGUCACCAAGGAUGGUCACAGCACGCUUCAAAUGGAUGGCGCCCACACAGGCCUUGCCUAUCUUCGAGACGCCUGGGGAACCCUAAUGGACAUGCGCUGGCGCUGGAUGAUGCUGGUCUUCUCCGCCUCUUUUGUUAUCCACUGGCUUGUCUUUGCAGUGCUCUGGUAUGUUCUCGCUGAGAUGAACGGUGACCUGGGACUAGAUCAUGACGCCCCACCUGAAAACCACACUAUCUGCGUCAAGUACAUCACCAGUUUCACAGCAGCAUUCUCUUUCUCCCUGGAGACACAGCUCACAAUUGGUUACGGCACCAUGUUCCCCAGUGGUGACUGUCCAAGUGCAAUCGCCCUCCUUGCCAUACAAAUGCUCCUAGGCCUCAUGCUAGAGGCUUUUAUCACAGGUGCCUUUGUGGCGAAGAUUGCCCGGCCUAAAAAUCGAGCUUUCUCAAUUCGCUUUACUGACUUAGCAGUAGUAGCUCACAUAGAUGGCAAACCUAAUCUCAUUUUCCAAGUGGCCAACACUCGACCUAGCCCUCUAACCAAUGUUCGGGUCUCAGCUGUACUCUAUCAGGAGCAAGAAAACGGCAAACUCUACCAGACCAGCGUGGACUUUCACCUUGAUGGCAUCAGUUCUGACGAGUGUCCAUUCUUUAUCUUUCCACUCACCUACUACCACUCUAUUACGCCAUCAAGUCCUCUGGCUGCUCUGCUCCAGCAUGAAAAUCCUCCCCACUUUGAAUUAGUUGUAUUCCUUUCAGCAAUGCAGGAAGGUACUGGAGAAACGUGUCAGAGGAGGACAUCCUACCUGCCCUCCGAGAUCAUGUUACAUCACUGUUUUGCAUCUCUGUUGGCCCGAGGCUCCAAAGGUGAGUAUCAAAUCAAGAUGGAGAAUUUUGACAAGACUAUUCCUGAAUUUCAAACUCCUCUGGUCUCCAAGAGCCCAAACAGGACUGACCUGGAUAUCCACAUCAACGGACAAAGCAUUGACAAUUUUCAGAUCUCUGAAACAGGACUGAUAGAGUAA